ACUUGCAUCUCAUGUGAUGAUUUAGUCCCAGGCCAAUCAGAGCUCGCCAAUUGGCUGCCAAGUGGCUGGACCGGUCAGCGCGCAGUUUUGCACAAAACCCCCUGCCGUUUCCCUGAAUCAACCCGUGUGCAGUCCCAGGUCGUCCAGGGACUGCGGCGUGUGCCAGUGCGUGUUCUGCGCCGACGACGAGCUCCGCCUCCUGCCGGCGUGCCGCCACGCGUUCCACUCCGUCUGCGUCGACCCGUGGCUCCGCGCCAACCCGUCCUGCCCUCUCUGCCACGCCUUCAUCGCACUCCCGUACCCGCCGCUCCCCGAGCUCCUCUGCGUCGAGCUCGACAGCGUCAGCAGCCGCCGCUCCCCGAGCUCCUCCGCGUCGAGCUCGACAGCGUCAGCAGCCGCCGCUCCACUUCCUCGUCCUCCUCCGCGGCCGUCGCCGCAGCGCCGCCAGAGGGAGUCCGCGCGUACCCGCUCCCCAACUCCAACACCAACACAGAGUACCUCGUGGAGGAGGACCUCCAGGUGGUCCUCAAGCCGCCCAGCGCUGCCAACCCGGCGCCACCGCCGCCACCCACGGCUCGAAAUACCGGCGAGCCGAGCCAGCAGCUGGCAGCCGCGGCGGAGCGCGCGCUGUCGUCGUCCGUGACGCCGACAGCGUCGUUCAGGUCGGUGGGGCGUUCCAGCAGCAGGUGGAGCAGCCGGUGGAGCAGCCGGUACGACGCCGGGAGCGUGACGGCCGCCGCCACGGCCGAGUGGUGGUGGAACAUGGACGGCGGGGUGGCGCCAGCGUCGCGGCGGGCCGAGUCCGAGGACGGCAGCGCGUUCUACGGGUUCGUGCGGUGGCUGACGGGAGCAUACUAG